GACUCACUCGUCGAGCUCAGUCAGUCAGUGUGGUUCACGACAGAGCAAAGAGUAGGUGUGUCGCUGUGUCGGUCCCGGGUCUGGCGUGAGUCGCUUCUGUUUUGGGUCUGUGGUAGAUUUUUGUUGAACUUUGCAUCUCUCUCGUUUGGUUUGGAGGUAACGUAAAUCGAAGUGUGAGAGGUUGUUAAUUUGUGCGUCUGUUUACAUCUAUUUAUAUAGAAAUAAACACAGACUUUGUCUGUUUUGAAAAGGACAUUAAAAAAAAUGUUUUGUGGAAACAUCAUACGCUGGAAAUACGGUCGGUAUAGAACGAAAAUAUGAAGAUAGGAAAGUACGGUCGUGUAUGUUUACAAUACUAAGCAACGUAUAUAUCUAAGUGUACUUACAACGAUGUGUUCGAGUGAUCCCCAGAAAUGAGUCUGCAAGUGUUGAAGUUAUCGCAAGGACAGCAGUUGUUUCAGAGAUACCAAAAAGUAUUAUUAUUAUUAUUAUUAUUAGGCUAUGUGUUCGGAUGUUGACGUGGUUUCCGAAAGAUGAAUAUUAUUGCUGUGGUGUCCGGCGAAGAUCUUGAGGUGAUACCUUUCCCAAUUUACCUCCACCGUCGUCAUUAUCAUCAUCCCAAGGGAUCUAAAUCUGGGAGCACAAAUAUGGAGAUACGUUGAAGAGCGAAAAUGGAACAAAGUUACUCACAACAGCAGCGGCACCAGUUGCGAUACAAACGUCGCGAUGAGGAUUUUGGAUGGGGGCCUGCCUGGGCCUCCCAACUCACGGGCCCAUCCUCAUCCUCGCCCUCGCGGCAGGAGGAACGCGAGCGAAGGCGGAGGAGGCGGCGGGACUCCGGAGAGAGAGACACUGGGCGCGAGUCUUCCAGCCGACGGUCCAAGAAUGCCAACGAGCGCGGGGAGGACCGUCGUGGGACGUUGCCCACCGAUUAUCGGGCCGCCCUCGCCAAGUUUGCUCCUCCGGUGCCACACGCCCUCCUCAAGAAGAUUGGCUCUAAGGACGUGCAAGGUCUUGGGAAGGUGCGCGUCGUGCUGAGAGUAUCUCCAAAGAUAACAGUGACGGAAGGCGAAUCGGAGGUCCUGACCUUGGACAAACGGCGCCGUCAGGUAACUCUUGUCGAACCCCAAGCAAAACAACCCCAGGAGAGGGUCGGCGUGGCUGCCCCCAAGAUGUUUGCCUUUGACCAAGUCUACAAUCAGGAAGACCCCCAGAGUGAAGUCGUCACAGGAGCAGUUGUGGAUGUCUUGCAUGCUGUGCUUGCGGGGAAUGAUGGCUGUGUGUUAUGUUUUGGAGGGGCCGUUUUAGGUAAGACCUACACCAUGCUGGGAUCGCACACCGGCCCUGGAGAACUGGGCGUCAUGCCAUCGUCUAUAGCUUGGUUGUACCGAGCCAUCGUGGAGCAGAAGGCCAAAAGUGGCGCCAGGUUCAGCGUCAGAGUCUCUGCUGUUGCAGUUGACGCUGCUGGUGCAAUGCUGACUGAUCUUCUCGCCGAAUAUGCGCAAGAAGGCGAAGCAUCUCCGGGAGCAUUACUGCGUGAUACAACAGGAGGUUACCUAUCUUCGGUUGCAGAGCUUCGAGCGCCCUCACCUGAAACCGCGGCACAUUACCUGGAUGUUGCCAUUGCUGCUCGAUCUUCACACGCUCAUACUCAAGUCCAGUCUUCACAACAACCUGCCCCUCCUCCUGGAUCUGCCACUUUGCUUUACACUUUACAUAUUUAUCAGUAUGCUGUUGAUAAGUCAGGAAAAGGAGGAGUUGUUGGUGGGCGCAGCCGUCUUCACAUGAUUGACGUUGGGGAUUUAAGUGGGAGUAAUGGAGGAAUGUCCUUGUCUGCCCUGACUUCUGUUCUCUUAGCAAUAUUUAAUGGUCAACGUUACCUUCCUCACCGUGAAAACAAACUAACCAUGUUAUUGAGAGAAGCUCUGGGGUCUGUGACUUGUCAUGCCGCGAUGGUUGUACAUAUUUCUCCUUCACCACGGCAUGCUCAACACACUCUUGCUACUCUGCAGUUAGCUUCUAGAGUCCACCGAAUGAGACGCAAGAAAUUAAAGGGUAUUGGUGGUUCAAAUUCCGGAGGUAGUUCCGAUGGGUCUCAUAGUCGAUCUUCCGGUGGAGAUACAUCAGCUGGUUCCUCAUCCAUUGAUUUCUCCUCAUCAGAGCAGUCUUGUGAUACAGUCAUUUAUAUUGGUGGUGGUGGUCCUGGCGAUGCAACGGACAAUGAACAUCCCCCGGUGUUUAUGCCUCAUCAUACUAAUCAGCAGAUGUGGCCCAUUACUCGACUUAGAUCAAUGGAACACUUAAGGCCUCACUCUGCAUCACCGACUCCUGCCCAUACGCGACGGGCUGCAUCUGCCAGCCCGACGCCAACUUCCCGCUCAGUGCCCAAUGGAAGAUCACAAGCAAAACCAAGACCACCACCAAGAACAGUUAGUAAUGCCAACAGCCCCCUCAGUAGUGGAAAGGUAACUCCCGGUGGCAGCUUUAUACGCCACCAACCAGGAGUAAGUCAUGUUGCUUACAAUAAAGAGGGUCAGAAACCUCUCCUCUCUUCAUUCAAACCCCAAGUUACACUGGGUCCUUUAGUUCCUGGUGAUUUAAGACACUUUAAUUAUAGUGCUUACGAGGAGCCAAAUAAUCUUGUACCAACGUACAAGAAAAUUGGUGAUCAGCCUCAUCAGACUAUUCAGUUACAUCAACAACCAGUUCAUCUACAACAACAACAACAACAACAAUUACAGCAACAACAACUGCAGCAACAACAACUACAGCAACAACAACUUCAGCAACAACAACAGCAACAGGUCCAACAAUUAAGUCAAAAACAUAUCCAGCAGCAGCUGAAGCAACAACAUUUAUACCUAUUACAACACCCCCAGAGCAAGCAACAACAAAUCCAGCAACAGCAGAUACAACACUUCCAACUUCAAAAUCAGCAGCAGAGUCUACAGCAGCCAGGCCAGCAACAAAGCAUGCAGCAGCAGUAUCAGCACCAAAGUUUCUCACAACAGCAUCUUCAGUUGCAACAACAACAGUUGAAACUACAACAGCUUCAACAGCAACAACUGCAGCAGCAGUCAAAUAGAUUAAAUGCAAAGAAUCCAGCAGAUGGAGUAGUGUCGGAUGAACAGUGGAUUGAUGGCCCAAGAGUUCAUAAGUCACGUGUAGCAGCUGCACAGAAGAUCAAAAAAGAAAAAUCUGAAACUUGGGUUGAUGGUCCACAAGUUACCCCAAUAGGUUACGGUUUUAUGGACGAUCAUAAAAAGACCAUGAUAGAAAGAUGGGUAGCAGUUCAAACAGCUCAGGUUGUUCAGCAACUGGAACAACAACAAACUGUUCCAGCUCAGACACCAACACAGAAUUCUACAACCCAGGAGCAGUUCACUCACCUCACUCAAUUCCGCACUUGUGAAGAAUCUACCUUAGACAGCGAUCAAGACACCCUAAGUGAAGAUCCACCCUCUGGCGCAGGCCAAGCGAAUGGGUCAAGUUCUACUAUGCCACCACAGCCUAAUCUGAUUGAAGAACUGGAACGUAAAAACCUAAUACCAGCUGAAGAUCCCAAACCACCUGAAGAACCUGAUCCACCAUCCAUUGAAGCUGAAUCACUACCAAAAGAGUGUCCUGUAGAUGAGAAGAGUACUGAGCCCCAUUGUUCACCAGAUGAAGCUUCUGUUGCAGAUGAACCUUCAAUUGAUGAUAUAUGCUCUCAGUGUGAAGCACUAGCUGAAGAGUGUGAAGAACUAAGCUCUCUUUUGUCUUGUGAAGAGGAAGAAUGUAAAAGACAGGCACACCAAGGUUUAGCAACGGUGUUGGAAGAGCCUGAAUUAGAAGCAGCAAUAGGAACAGACAUUGAAGAGCUUGGAAAAGAUGAUGGUGAUGAAACAGGGCAUGAAGCUGAUGAAGAAGAAAGUACAACACCCCAGCGAGGGUGGGUGAGACGAUCGCUAGCCUCUUCGGGAACACAUCAUUCCACAGAACUUAUUGAAGUUCAGAUUCCUGAUUACCCUGUGAUCACUGUUGACUCCUGCAUACAGGUAUGUGAGGAAGAUAUCAUAAGAGCAUUAGCUGAUACUCCUUGCCAGAGUGAGGUAAUGAGUGUAGAAACCAGCGAUGACCAUCCUCUAAGAGUACUCUCAGAAGAAAAUCUUACAUGUGCAUCAACAUUCACAGAUUCUUAUUCUCAAAUGGGAGAAACUGGGGAUGAAGAUGACUCUGAUGAUGAAAACUCAAGACCAUUUAGCCUCUUUGAAGUGACAGACUAUGGAAGAGUAUGCCAAGAUUUAAGCAUGGCUCUACAGUCAGAUGUUUCUAAUAAGAAUCUUCAUGAACUUGCAAAAAUACAUGAUUUAUACAGAACACUAGCUCGCCAAAGCCCCCGUGUCCAUACAGGUGGACCAAAACUGCAAGCUGCUACGUUAGCUGAAAUUUUAGCCAACAGUCGUGAUUCUUUACUUGAGGAUCAGAAACCUCCUCUUGAAGAUGAUAGCAUAUGCAGUGAACCAGUUCAGGCAGAAGGGAAAUUGUGUCGUCACUGUAAUAAAAAACAGUUAAGACAUGGUGAUAGCAUACUAAAAUUAGAGUCUGCAUUAAGGAGUAAGUCAAUGUGGUUGAGUAGACCUUUAGAAUUAGAAGACUCGGCUAGUGAUAAAUGUAUUGGAACUGAUGAUAUAGAUUUACCAGAAGACCAUUGUACCUGUGAUGUGCAGAGUGACCUUGUACCAUAUAUACCCUCCAUGUUCUUUAAUUUUUCAUCCAUGAAAAACAAUAGUAGUGCGUCAAACUUAACUCUCACCCAGCAAGCGUCAAAUUCUAGUUUACAAUUAAAAGAUGUUCCAUUAGCGGAUUCUACCGAAAACUUCGUGGAUAGGGUACCAAUGAAUGGAAUAUCCUUACCCGAGUAUAUAGAAGACGUUGAAGCAAAUGUUGUUCUCUGUAAUCCAGUGCAGUAUGACUAUAGCAAAGAUGGUGAUGUGAAUGAUGACCGAACAGUAACUGGAAAGAGUGAUAAUGAAAGUGAUUGUGUUAGUAAUAUAAGUGAAGAUUCAGAGUAUAUGAUGCAGACUUCUAAACUUUCUAAAUUCUUAUGUGUAGGUGUUGGUAGGAGUAAGUCGAAAUCUCCAUAUAAAGUAGCCAAACAAAAUAAUAAUAAAAUCGUAGAAAAUAAGAAAAAUGUGGCCAAAACAAAAGAGUCAAAAGUUAAAGUGCCAGUGAAAAGCAGAGAAAAUUCUAAAUCACCCGAUCGUAAUUCAAAAAACUUGAUAAAGUCUCCCUCCCGAGUGGUCUCACAAAGUGCAGCUAAACAAAGUACUAGUAGACGAAGUGAUACAGCAUCUGUCCGUAUGCGCUGGGGGAAAUCGGCUCGUGUAGGAGCAACAAAGUCGCCAGCAUUAGCAAACAGGAGUAGCUAUCGAUACACCUGUACAUUAAUGUACCCCCCAGAUGCUCCGACACCAACCGAAGGUUAUGACUCUGGUCAUGAUUCCGGUGCUGCCACCCAAGGAAGUGCAACUCCCUUGGAAAAUAAUGAGGCUUGGAGAACUACACAAAAUCUUCAACCUCAUAAGCAUCAUCCACAUCCACAUCCACAUCAACAUCCUGCAGCGAACAGUGGAUCAUUAGGAACCAAUCCAUCAUUAGGAGAAUCCUCUGGCUAUGAGAGCAUCCCUAGAGACUCUGAGUGUUCAUCUUUUAGCUCUUCACAAGAUUCAGAAAUGGAUGAGGAGCAUCGCAGGGAUGCUCAGGCUCAGUCAUUAGCUCUGUCGCAACACCAGCCAAAACCAUCCAUGCCUUCGUGUUCGGCAAAACUAGAGGUUGAAAAUUGGUCUGAAGAUGAUGUUAAAAGAUAUGAAGGCAGACCUCGUGCAGCUGAAAUUCCUCAGUUAAGGGCGUCACGGCAGCAGGUUUUAUCUCUUAAAGCUACUCAGAAAUCACUGAAAGCUGACUUGGCUCAGGCCAAAGGAAACCUAAAUGUUCCUUCCGACUCUUGGAACUACGAACUACACGUAAAAGAUGACUUACCUUUGGAUCACAGCACAUUUGUGGAAGCGCUCGCGAGGGAGACGCACAUUUUAAAAAAGCGUGUAGCAGCCGCCAGAAGUCGAGUUCUUGUUGUUACAGCUUUUCUGCCUAAACAGCAAAGUGAAACACUCAUAAACUGACAGUGGGGGCUACUUACUUUUGAAUAUUGUUUAAUCAAAGGCUUGUUUCUUGGACUUUUGCUAAAGCAAUAUAAGAACGUUGCAUUUUGUAAUUUUUAUUCUCUUAGACUUAUAAAAGUGGAAUGUUUUUAAAUACAUUUCAAUUCAACUCAGGUCCUACAUAACUGCCCAAAAAGUAAAUGGACGCAGUGGGCAGAAAUUCUAUUAUACUGAUAUACUGUAUCACACACAUGAUCUCGGUUAACAGCAUAUUUAUUCAGGCUUCAAACUUCUUCAGAAUAUUGCCUUAUUUUAUAUCCUUAGUUAGAUUUCCAAAAGUUACAUAUAAACUACCAGUUAUGGUGAAGUCAUUAUUCAUUUUUCUAACAAAUCCACUUGAUGUAAUUCAGGCAAUAGCAAUGGAUAUAAUGCUGUAGAUAAAACAAUUUCAAACUGAUCGUGGAAUGCCAUUUUAGUUAUGUCGUUGAGCAGUGAUGUCUGUGAGUGCGAUGAAUACCAGCUGCAUCUGUAAAUACGUAGUAUUUGUAGUCAUGUGAUAUAGCCUGAUACGGAAAUAGACCUGGAACAUUUGUUACUCUAUUUUUAGUUAUUCACGUUCAGUUUUUACAUUGUUUAAUCUAAGUCAUUAGCAUAGCUUCAUGGUGAAUGUGAUUAUUUCUGUAUAUUUGUGAGCAAUUGUUUCUUGCAUAUUUAAUUUAUGCAAGAAUAUCCCAGUUGCAUAAUGUGUGAUUAAAAAAUGCACAGAAUACAUUUAAUAUAUUCAAUGUACAUUGGUAGAUAGUUGAUAAUAUAUGUCCACAUGGAAACAAAAAAAUCACAGAGAGGUAUGUGUGAACUAUCUCUUUUCUAUAUUUAUAAAGGUGGUCUUUUGCCAACAUAGUCAUGUAUUGUGUAAAAUAAAUGAUUGUUUAGUU